AUGGCAUUAAUUAUACACUCAUCACUUCUCCUAAUCUUCUUCAUCCUAGUAUACCCACUAAUCACCACACUAAACCCAAACCAGCAAGAAUCCAAACUAGCAGAAAAAGCCAAAACCGCCGUCAGCUCCGCAUUCUUUAUCAGCCUUCUACCCCUAAUAAUUUUCCUAAACCUAAAAACAGAAGGCAUUAUCACAAAUUGACACUGAAUAAACACCCAAACAUUUGAUAUCAAUAUUAGCUUCAAAUUUGACCACUACUCUCUAAUCUUCGUCCCAAUUGCUUUAUACGUUACCUGAUCAAUCUUAGAAUUUGCACUAUGAUAUAUGCAUUCAGACCCCUACAUUAACCGAUUCUUUAAAUAUCUUCUUACAUUCCUAGUGGCCAUAAUUAUUCUAGUCACAGCCAACAACAUAUUCCAACUAUUUAUCGGCUGAGAAGGAGUAGGAAUCAUAUCAUUCCUACUAAUCGGAUGAUGACACGGACGAGCAGACGCUAACACAGCAGCCCUCCAAGCCGUUAUCUACAACCGAGUAGGAGACAUUGGACUAAUUAUAGCCAUAGCCUGACUUGCAAUAAACCUCAACUCAUGAGAAAUCCAACAAAUUUUCACCUUAUCAAAAAACUUUGACAUGACCAUCCCCCUAAUAGGACUUGCCCUAGCAGCAACAGGAAAAUCAGCCCAAUUUGGCCUUCACCCGUGACUUCCUUCUGCCAUAGAAGGUCCCACGCCAGUAUCCGCCCUACUACACUCAAGCACCAUGGUCGUUGCAGGAAUCUUCCUACUAAUCCGCCUUCACCCCUUAAUAGAAAACAACCAACUCGCAUUGACAAUCUGCCUCUGCUUAGGAGCAUUAACCUCACUAUUUACAGCCACCUGCGCCCUAACUCAAAACGACAUCAAAAAAAUCGUAGCUUUCUCAACAUCAAGUCAACUAGGACUAAUAAUAGUCACAAUUGGACUAAACCAACCACAACUAGCAUUCCUCCACAUUUGUACGCACGCUUUCUUCAAGGCUAUACUAUUCUUAUGCUCGGGAUCAAUCAUUCACAGCCUAAACGACGAACAAGACAUCCGAAAAAUAGGAGGCUUAUUCAACAUCAUACCUGCCACCUCAACCUACUUCACAAUCGGCAGCCUAGCCCUGACAGGAACCCCAUUCCUAGCAGGAUUCUUCUCAAAAGAUGCAAUCAUCGAAGCCCUAAACACCUCCCACCUAAACGCCUGAGCCCUAAUCCUUACACUAAUUGCCACAUUAUUCACUGCAGUCUACAGCUUCCGACUAGUAUAUUUCGUAACCAUAGGAACCCCACGAUUCCUGCCACUAUCCCCAAUUAAUGAAAACAACCCACUAGUAAUCAACUCAAUCAAACGACUUGCCUGAGGAAGCAUCAUCGCAGGCCUUAUCAUUACACAAAACUUCCUACCAAUAAAAACACCAAUUAUAACAAUACCAACCACCCUCAAAAUAGCAGCCCUUCUAGUAACCAUCGUAGGCCUAAUAGUAGCCAUAGACCUCGCUAACAUAACAAGCAAACAAGUAAAAAUUACUCCAACAAUUACCACACAUCACUUCUCAAACAUAUUAGGAUUCUUCCCCGCAAUCACCCACCGACUCCUACCAAAACUAAACCUCACCCUCGGACAAUCAACUGCCACCCAACUAGACAAAACAUGACUUGGAACAAUUGGGACAAAAGGGCUAGGACUAGCACAAACAACCAUAGCAAAAAUUACAAACGACAUCACACGAGGAAUAAUCAAAACAUACCUAACCAUCUUCCUCCUUACUAUAAUCUUAGCCACUAUCCCAAUCCUACUCUAA